CAAAAAAAAGAUGAGGAAAAAAUGUCGACAUGAUCGUGCUCAUUCUCCCCUAAAAAAGUCAUCUUGUUGGUUGAACUUUUCUCAAUUCCCAAACCUUCUUCUUCAUAAAUGUCGACAUUUUCAUACCACCAUCUUUCUCCCUCUUCUCUAUCAUUCCCUGCUACAAUCAACUUCACAUAGAGAGAAACUGAGAAAAAACUAUCCCCUUCUCUUUUUCUCUCUCUUAACUAUCCUUAAUUUCCAAUUGAAUUACGCAAAUUUUCCGUAAUUCGAGAAUCGUGAUUCGUGUCCACCCUUUUAUAAAACCCCCUUUUUAUCCCCUCUCUUAUUUUCCCACCCAUGUCAUCCUUCUUCCAGGAUUUCUUGUUCCCAUUACUCGGCCUCAUACCCUUCACAGAGCACUUUAAUGUGUUUUCAGGUACCCUUUUGAGGCAAUUUCAAGAAACAAUGUCGAAUUCCACCUGCAAAUUAAGAGAUUCAAGUUUAUGCCGUGACGAAACGGCGGCAUUGACUCUGAAACUAGUGGCAAUAGGGUCAAUUCUGGUGGCAGGAGCGACGGGUAUUGCGAUCCCAUUGCUCGGUCGCAGGAAGAGUUUUCUUGCAACGGAUGGGAAUCUAUUUAUAGCAGCAAAAGCAUUUGCUGCGGGUGUUAUACUUGCUACUGGGUUUGUACAUAUGUUGCCUGAUGCAGGAAACAAUCUUACUAACUCGUGUUUACCAACUCACCCGUGGUCCGAUUUUCCAUUCUCUGGGUUUAUUGCUAUGAUGGCUGCUUUGCUGACUUUGCUGGUGGAUUUUGUGGGGACACAGGUGUAUGAGAGGAGAGCGGAGAGUAUGAAGAGGAAAGGGGAUGGACUCGGUCUGGAUGGGUCACUUGACUCGGUUUCCGCUGCUGGGGUUUUGCCCGCGGAUCGGUUGGUGGUUAGUGGUGGUGGAGGGGGUAUUGUGGGGAUUCAUUCUCAUGAUGAUCAUGGUCAUGGUCAUGAUGGACAUGUUGUUGAAGUCUAUGAUGAUGGACAUGGACAUGGACAUGGUCAUUCUCAUAGCUUUGGUGGAGAUAGUAAUGCCCGGAAUGUGGUCAUUUCUCAGGUUUUGGAGCUUGGGAUUGUUUCACACUCGGUACUAAUUGGGUUAUCUUUAGGAGUAUCACACAGCCCAUGUACGAUAAAACCAUUGGUAGCUGCGUUAUCGUUUCAUCAAUUCUUCGAGGGGUUUGCCCUUGGAGGAUGCAUAGCUCAAGCCCAAUUUAAGGAUAAGUCAACCAUGAUCAUGGCCUGUUUCUUCGCCCUAACUACCCCUGCAGGAAUUGCUGCAGGCAUCGGGCUCGCUUCCUUUUACAACCCGGCUAGCCCAAGAGCUCUCAUCGUAGAGGGAAUACUCGACUCAAUAUCUGCCGGUAUCCUUGUGUAUAUGUCCUUAGUUGACUUAAUUGCAGCUGAUUUCAUGAGCAAAAAGAUGAGAUCUAAUACAAGACUCCAAGUUGUGUCUUACUUUGCUCUUUUUAUGGGGGCUGCUUUGAUGUCUGCCCUUGCCGUCUGGUCAUGACAAAUUCGUAACUAAACGUGAUCGUGGAAUUUGUUUGUGCUAGUCAUAGUCACAGAUUAUUUAUUUUUAUUCGUGCUUUGAAGAACCUGGGAAGAUUGAACAAGUAUUAUCCUGCUUGAAGGGAGGCGGGGUUUACAGGGGGAUUGAACCGGGGAAGAGUGCUCUGCUCGUGUUAAGUGUGAAGUUUUGGACCGCCUGUACAGUGCUGCGUGACUGUGUUAUUGUUUAGUGUUGUCACUACUGAGCUUGACCCUGAAACUGGGUUGUUGUUGUUGCUGUGCUAACAAGGAAAAGGAGGGUGAAGAAAAUGAAGACGAAAAAAUACCCGAUUAAUACAAUACUAUACCAUCUUAUACUUCGUAUUCUUAUACGAACUUACCGAGUUACUCCGUAUCUCUUUGUACAUAUGUACUUCACUUCAUAAUUUUUUGCCAUUACAUGUUGUUGUAAUAUGUGUUUUUACAACUACCAAAUAUGUUUUACAUACACUGUUAAUCUCUUACUAAUGCAAAGUUUCGUAUUUGACUUA